AUGGCGAUGUCCCGGAUCCUUUCCUACUCCCUGCAUCGAUCUUCCCCCCUCUGCCCGCCGGCCGCCCUAACCAGCCACCGCCGCCACCGCUCGAGCAAGAGCCGCCGCGGCGUCCAGCUGGCCGAGGCGGCCGAGAUCGAGCAGUCUCCAACAGAUUCUCCAGAGGCGGCCGCGGAGGUCAUCACCCUCGGCAUGAAGAAGCUUGAGGACGCCAUCCAUAGCAUCAUCGUGCGGCGAUCUGCGCCGGACUGGCUGCCCUUCCUCCCCGGAUCCUCGUACUGGGUCCCGCCACGAUCCUCCUCCUUGCGCGCCGGCCGCGCCGACCUGCACCACCCUGCCAGGAGCCUGGUCGACGUCAUCGGGAAGCUGUCCGCUGCGAGGGCGAAAAGGAGCCAGGGAUUAUCAAUUGAUGUGCUGUCGGAGGAUGAGAAUAUGGCGUUUACUUCAGCCAAGGGCUGGCCGGCCUCUUCUUUUUAUAUCGAAGGGACUUCACCUGUACAUCCUAUCCCAGUUGUGGAAAUUGAAGCAAAAUAUCAAGAUGAUGACGAAAAAGAAAACUCAUCCAGCUCCGAAGAUGAGGAUGACAAAGACUUUUACCAUUGUACAUAUUGA